AUGUCUUCACAACAAGAUGGAAAUGCUGACACUGAUAUUUUACCUUUGAAGUGGAAACCUGGAACAGAUCAUAUGAGCAAACUCCUGCUCAAUGACCCAAACGUUAUAAAUCUGAUUGUUCGCUCUUUAGUUGGUGAAAUUGCUCCAGAAAAUAGCUACACUGUAGCACAAACUGAAUGGACUGAUACAAAGGGUAAAUUUACUGUGUAUAUCCCACAGAAUGCAGAAGAUGACCGGUUUAUUCCAGUACUUAUUGCUAUUCAGGAAGAAGUCAAUCAAGCUUCAAUGUUAAAAAUUAUUGAAUACUGUACGCGGAUUUAUGAAGAAUUUAGGCUAUUGCCUACUGUUUUGAUCAUCUCUAUCAAAGGAUGGUCUAGCCUAGAGGUUCGCGAAGUGUUUAGUGCCGAUGGCGACUCAUUUUUGAGGCAAUUAAAAUGUAGCUUCUGGGCACAGAAGUGUUUUUUGUUUUUUCCUGAUUCAGUUAACACAACAGAUGCAACUAAUGUAUCCGUACCUGCAUUUAUUAAACUAUGCCAAUUUAUGUCUGAUCCAGACAAAACGCUUUGUUUUUCAUACGAUUUUGAGACUCGAACUAUUUGUUUGGCCUGUGAAGUUACAAUAGGCAAAGACAGAUUACAAUAA